UCCAGAUUCCAGAAAGCCUUGUGAUAUCCUAUGACAUUAACCAGCCGGAUGACUUUAAUUUUUAGUAGGUGAUUGCACCAGAAGAGAGAAGAAGAAAAAUAGAAUAGAUGAUGAGGUGCCCCUUUCCUUCUGACUUUUGUGGGACGUGGUAGGUGAUGAAGCACUAAGCAGAGACCACACAUAAGAACUAGAAAACGUGGAACCAAUUCGAAAACACGUUGCAAGUCUCUGUGUUCGGUUCCUUUCUAUCGCAGCUUCGAAGUCUCAUCAGCUAAGACUCGCACACAAAACAGAAAAAAUGGCUGAGGGAGCCGAACCUGCGAAGAAGCUCGUGGAGAUUGAUAUAGUUUCGGAUACAGUAUGUCCAUGGUGCUUUGUGGGCAAGAAGAAUCUGGACAAGGCUUUGGAGGCAUCCAAAGGUCAAUAUGACUUCAGGAUCAGAUGGCACCCAUAUCAGCUUAAUCCUAAUGCCCCUAAAGAAGGUGUUGAUAAGAGAAAGUACUAUGAGCAAAAAUUUGGGUCUGAUAUGUCUGCAAAAAUGGGAAAUAGGAUGUCAGAGGUUUUCAGAAGCCAUGGCCUCGAAUAUGACCUGUCUGGACUAACGGGAAAUACUCUAGAUAGUCACAGGCUUAUUUACUUUGCCGGGCAGCAGGAUCUUGCUAAGCAACAUGAUCUUGUCGGUGAGCUUUUUCUUGGGUACUUCACACAAGCAAAGUACAUUGGAGACAGGGAAUAUCUUCUGGAAUGUGCUAGGAAGAUUGGCGUAGAAGGAGCAGCAGAGUUUCUUGCAGACCCCAACAAUGGGCUCAAUGAGGUGAAAGAAGACCUUAAGAAGUAUUCGGGCAAUGUAAACGGAGUCCCACAUUUCAUGAUUAACAAUGGAAAGCAAGCAUUAAGUGGUGCUCAACCGCCUGAGACUUUCUUGAAAGCUUUCAAAGUUGUGACAAAGUGAUACGGCCAUUCAACAAGCAUUAUUCUCUGUGAUCUCCAAUAAGAAUGCGACCUUGGAAAUAUGUAUACUAAGUAAUUUGUUCUGUGAACCAGUCUUUCUGUAAUGUUUUCACUGUGUGCGUCAGGAUCAUUGAUUAGGCAAAGCCAUGCCUGUGGUAUUGAACUAAUUAUUCACUGUCUAUUUAGAGAAGUUCACAUCUCCUUGUAGGAGACCUGAGUGCAGGUUUCCUGUCCCGACAGUGUAUCCUAUAUACUCCUGGAUUUGUUAUAGCUUGUUUGUAGUUC